ACAAAUCAGCUGAUUUCCCCCUCCAGACACAGGUCUAGGCAUGCAUAUCCGAAACACGUGUUGUUCAAUUUUUGAGGUCGGUUUAUCGGUCUUGUAAUUUUUUGAGUAUUUUUAUCAGCUGAUGUGAAUUGUAAAAAUAUUGUUGGGUCGAGAAACUGGAAAGUUUUUAUCGGACAGGAAAAAAGUGACGGGGUGAUUUUGUGCGUUUUGAGGUUAAGUACCGGACAACUAUUUUUGUGGUUUUUGUUUGUAUGGAAUUUGAAUUAAAGAAGAAAAAUGACUGCUGUGGCUUUACCGCAAAAGAAAUACUACAGACAAAGGGCACAUUCCAAUCCUAUUGCGGAUCAUUGCAUCGAAUAUCCUGUAAAACCAGAUGAAAUGGAUUGGAGUGAUUUGUACCCAGCCUACAAAGAAACUCGAGAGGAAGAAUCUGAAAUGAAAAAGCUGACUAAGCGAGUAGAGUUUGCUGACAUUGGUUGCGGAUAUGGCGGUUUACUGGUUACCCUGUCGCCGAUGUUUCCCGACAAUUUAAUUGUUGGAAUGGAAAUCAGAGUAAAAGUCUCAGAUUACGUGAUGGAUCGUAUUUCUGCUUUGCGACAUCAGCAUCCGGAUCAAUUUCAAAAUAUCGCCUGUGUGAGGACCAAUGCUAUGAAAUAUUUGCCCAACUAUUUCCAUAAAGGACAGCUUAAGAAGAUGUUUUUCCUUUACCCAGAUCCACAUUUUAAAAAAGCAAAACACAAGUGGCGUAUUAUUAAUAAAACAUUGUUAGCAGAAUAUAGUUACGUUCUUGCAGAAGAGGCAAUUGUGUACACGAUGACUGAUGUUAAAGAUUUGCACGAUUGGAUGGUUAGGCAUUUUGAGGAACAUCUUUUAUUUGAAAGGAUUCCGGACGAUCGAUUGACAACGGACCCAAUUGUAGAAAAAUUGUACGAAAGUACAGAAGAGGGACAGAAAGUGACGAGGAAUAAAGGUGAUAAAUUUUUGGCUGUGUUUAAAAGAGUCCCUGAUCCUUAUGAGAAGGAAGAUAGAUAAUUUUUGUGUGGAAUAAGUUAUUUAAUAAAUAUCUUAAAUAUAUUUUACUUGAAAAACCUUCUAAUUUUUAAAUUCUCUGCAAACUAGUGAAUAAAAUUUGGGACAAAUA